AUGUUGUCCAUGCAAAAGACGCCCGCCUUCAUCCUGCCUCCAACUGCGAAUCUCGACAGCCAUAACCAUCAUGGCAUCCAACCCAACCCACCCGUGGACCACCGCAACUCCACCCGCGCGCUGAGUUUGUCCGAAAUCCCCGCCUUUCCCGAUGGCCAAUCCAUGGACGAUGCGCUCUCCCACCAUGAAAGCAUCAGCACCGAUGGCACCUCCAACGAUUCUCCCGAGUCUUGGGAUGGGGGAAGCCACUCCGAUGGCACUCCCUCGGUCGACUAUGAGAUCAAAAUUCACGACGCUUCGUACCCGUUCGUCGACUCGACGUUUCCCCGGCUCCCUUCCUCCUCUUCCUCUGCGACUGCCUCCGCCAUCAUGACAGCCGGCUCGAAACAUUUCCAGAUUAACUAUGUCGCUUCCAAUAAUUCAGAUGAAUCCAUGGCCGAUGAUGUGACCCCUAAGGUCGAGGAGAUCGAUGGUGUGGACGAUUUGCAGAGCAUCAAACCCCUCGAGGUGGAGCCCGCGAUGGCCAGUGCGAGCAGUACUACCACACCCACGGCCGCUCCCGUCAAUGUACCACGGAAACGUGGUCGCCCACGCAAACAUCCGCUGCCAGUUCCCGGGGGCCAGAUCAAGAUCACCAAGGGAAGAUCCAAGACGGGCUGUAUCACUUGUCGACGACGGAAGAAGAAGUGCGACGAGACAAAGCCAUCGUGUUUGAACUGCCAGAAGAAUGCGGUGGUGUGCGAAGGGUACCCUCCCAAGGAGAUCUGGAAAAGCGGUAAACAGAAGAUGGAGGACGCGGCACGGACCAAAGCGCUCGCAGCUGUACCGCGCUCCCUACCUCUGCUCAUCGACGGCGUGGAAACCGAGAUCGACCGACGAUUCCUUGAUCAUUUCGUCUACGGCUUCAGUCGCGUGUUGACAUUAAUCAACGAUGACACCAAUCCGUUCAAAGAAAUCCUCCUUCCCAUGGCCGCGCAACAUCGAGGGCUGAUGCACUCGCUCAUGUGCCUGUCCGGUUCACACCUGUCGGCGUUGAGUCCAGAGCCCGAGCUGAAGGAGCGCAAAUUCUACCAUUUUCACCACGCUAUUCAGGAUCUCAAAGACAACAUCAUGUCGUCGAGUAUCAAGUCGUCGGGAGAUUCCCAGGAGCCGGAGCUUCUGGUAGAGGAUCCAAUCAUCGCAUCGACCAUCGCUCUCAGUCUCAAUACGAUCUGCGAAGGGGAGACCAACGGCGAGUACAGGCCGCACAUGGAUGCUGCGAGGUAUCUGCUGGUGACCCAGCAACCACGAAACGAGAAAUUCCGGCAGUUCAUCGUCGAGUUCUUCCAGUAUCACGACGUGUCCAAUUCGAUCACCUCUCUGGACCGUCGCCCCGCCCUCCGGAGUGAUGACCUAAAGCUUCCCGACUUUGUGCCUCAACAGGCGGGGAUGUUUCUCGGCGUGUUCGACGGCCUGUUCAACUAUAUCUCCGAUGUCACAAGGCUGCGCGAUCGCAUUCGGCAGCGAUCAAACGAAGGAUACGAGCCUGCCGUUGACUACCAGAUUUUGAGCGAUGCCGUCUCGAUAGACUCGGCCAUCCGGGCCUGGGAAACAUCUCACCCCCCCGACACACCAAAUUGGUUCCUGGCACAGCUGUACCGUCAGUCGACAUGGGUCUAUCUGUACCGCACCAUCCGUCCGUCCAAGCCAAGUGAUAAGAUUGCUCAAGUGGUGGAUGAUGGUCUUGCCUUCUUGGAUCAACUGCCGCAAGAUUCUGGAGCCUUUAGCAUCGUACUGAUGCCCUUGUUCCUCCUUGGUUGCUCGGCAUUCCUUCCUCGUCAGCGAGACCGGAUUCAGAGAGGCUUCGAGUCCCUCAAGGCUUACUCCAACCUGCGUAAUAUCGAGCCCGCUUUCAAGGUGGUUCGGCGGGUAUGGGAGGUCAUGGACACCAAAAUCGAGGACAGCUGGGACUGGGAGAAGAUCAUCAAAGAUAUGAACAUGGACUUCCUCAUCACCUAG